UCCGCAAGUGCCGCUCACAUUCUGACGCAGUUUUGGAUCAUGGUUAAGCAGACGUGUGCCGUUUUUCACCUGAACGCGCUCGUGCUCGUGAUGAUGUGCGCCGGGGUGUCGGGACUCUCGGGCCACGGAGCGGCAGCUCAACCCGCCGAGCACUUAGCGCAUCACGGCAACAUUUUAAGCCCGUUACUGAAAGCCUUAUCGGAGCACGAGCCGUGGGGGACACAUUUCCCGAGAACCAAACCCGAUUCGAGAUACGUCCGAUUCAUGAAAAGGCUUUACAAACUGUCUGCGAAGCACGAGAGGAGCCACGAGGCGUCCCACCUUUACAACACGGUGCGGCUGAUCACAGCGAGGCAGGAGUGUCUGGAUCAGUGUGGAGAGUUUUUAAUGCAGGACAUUUCCUACAGUCUGACCCGCGUACGAGCCCAGGAACAGCUGCUAAAAUCGGUUUUGCUCUACUCCUUGGACCACAACCAUGCAGCCUCACUCACCUCUCACUGCUACCUGUACAUGAAGGAACAAACACCAUCUGACGAGCGCAUGUGUCUCAACACUCCUAGUUCACAGCACUCUGUCUCACCUAUCAGUUUCCACUUCCGACUCAACAGAGCCAGCCACCACAAAUGGGUGGAGGUGGAUGUGACCCCCUUCCUCCACCCUCUCAUCCAGGGUCACAAAAAGGACAUCCACCUACUAAUCAACCUCACCUGCCUGGAUAACGAACCAGGACAUCACACUUCCAAAAGCCUUGUGGAGCUCACACACAUGGCACCAUCUCUACUGCUCUACCUAAAUGACACCAGCGAGGUGGCCUAUCAGAGAGGUUCCACACACACCAGGCUGGGGGAAAUCCGAUCAAACCAUUGGGGUGAGAAUAUGCAGAGCCAGUAUUACAGAUCUAGUAUCCAUAUGUUGAAGUGGAGAGAUCGAAGGAGUGCUCCAAACACAAUUCAGCCCUUAAAGUCGAGCACUGAAAGUGGACCACUGUCCCAAUUCGAACACUCCACAGAUGACUGUGACCUCUAUGACUUCCGCGUGAGCUUCUCUCAGCUCAGACUAGAUCACUGGAUCAUAGCGCCGUCCAAGUACAACCCCAGGUACUGCAAAGGCAUCUGUCCUCGAGUUGUGGGUCAUACCUAUGGCUCGCCAGUGCACACAAUGGUACAGAACAUUAUUUAUGAGAAGCUGGACUCCUCCGUGCCCAGACCUUCUUGUGUUCCAUCUGAAUAUGACCCUCUAAGUGUUUUGACCAUUGAAAAUGAUGGUUCUAUUGCAUAUAAAGAAUAUGAAGAAAUGAUUGCUACGAAGUGUACCUGUCGUUAACAGUUUUAUGCAUUAAAUU